GCGGCGGCGGGCCUGCGCGGGGCAUCCAUGGCGGCGCGCGGGGCCGGGCUGCGGCUCUGGCUGUGACGGGCCCGCGGGCAGCUCCACGAUGGAUGGGGGUGAUGGAACUGCUGACCUGGUGAUCAACAAGAGGUUUGUGUCCGAGGCGGAGCUCGAGGAGCGGCGGAAGAGGAGACAAGAGGAGUGGGAAAAGGUCCGAAAACCUGAAGAUCCUAAAGAAUGCCCAGAGGAGGCCUACGACCCACGCUCCCUGUAUGAAAGACUCCAGGAGCAGAGAGAGAAGAAGCAGCAGGAGUUUGAGGAGCAAUUUAAAUUCAAAAAUAUGGUGAGAGGCUUAGACGAAGAUGAGACCCAUUUCCUUGAUGAGGUUUCUCGGCAGCAAGAGCUACUAGAAAAGCAACGGAGAGAAGAGGAGCUGAAAGAACUCAAUGAGUACAGAAGCACUCUCACCAAAGUGGGAGUCAGCAUGGACCCAAAGAAGGAAACUGAGAAGAAAUUGCCCAUGAAGUCAGUGGAAAACAAGAACAAAUUCUCUCAGGCAAAGCUGUUGGCAGGAGCUGUGAAGCACAGAAGUUCAGAUGGUGGCAACAGUGUGAAGAGGUUGAAACUAGACAGUGAUCAUGAUGAGAAGAAUCAAGAAGCCCCCCCCUGUGUCCCCCUGGGGAGCAGCUCGGGGGGCUCAGCCCUGCACUGCCCCUCGGCCGCCGUCUGCAUCGGGAUCCUGCCCGGCCUGGGCGCCUACUCAGGGAGCAGCGACUCGGAGUCCAGCUCAGACAGUGAAGGCACCAUCAACUCCACUGGGAAGAUUGUCUCUUCUGUCUUUCGUAGCAACAGUUUCUUUGAUGGUCCAUAAGGAAACCCCCUCCGUGUGUCAUGUAGUGCAGAGUAUCUUCCAAAGCCCUGUGGGGUGCUUGAUGCAUCCUUCUGCCCCAAAUAUAACCUUUCUAGCUGACCUCUCCACUUUAAUACAUGCAGAUACUCCUAAAAUAACUCAUGUAUUUUUUAUUUUUUCCCUUUUACUCCCUCCAACUUCCUGUUCCUGGGAUGCAUCCAGAGCCUGGGAGACAAGCUUGCCACCCCAAACCAGAAGGCACAUCUAGUGAAGGUCUGAGGGUAGGGAGGAGAGAGCUUUAUCUUCAAAUUGCUACGGGAAGCAAGAAUGCUGAUGAUCCAAGAAGUUUCUACAAGACUAACAGGCAAAAAAACACUCACUUGAAGCAGUGAAGUCUUGUAGGAAACAGCCUUGUGUUCUGUUUUCAAAUGUCAUUUUUAUUUGGUAUUUGAGAAAUGGGGGCAGAACAAAAAUCAAGCAGAUGGUGAAGGGUAGAUUAUUACCAUGACACUGUAACAAAGUUUUAGUGUUACAUGAUUAAAGACAUUCUGAAUGCA